AUGAGAAUACGAGCCUUUGACAAACAGUCAGUUGUCCACCGCCAUUUGAGCAAGAAUUUCCGAGCGCCUCAAAAGUUUGCCUUGCGCGAAGCUCAAGUUUUCCUAAAUGAUCUCCAGGACGUUCUGGGCUGCGUGGAACAAUUUGAAACCACAACGACGGAAAAGGAAGCGGUCGGCGAUCUCGCUCAACUGCUAAGUGACCUCAUCCAAACGGUCGAGCCGUUUCAAGAGCGGACAGCAAAAGGGAAACGAAAGGAAGUUUCCCUGCAAGCACAGUUCAAUGUAGCCAGACGACUACACCUGCAGCAGGUGUCCGAUAGCGUGGAAGCCAUUAUCGACGAGCACGUUGAGUUUGUCCAGGCACUCCCGGCGAUCCUCAAGCGGCCUGGUCAGAGCGGGACGAUUCAUGAUGGUUUUGAUGACGACCGUCUCCAAGACAAGUCCUGGUACAGGGACGUACGCGAUAAUCUGGGUCUCCAGACAGAAACACUCAAGGCCCUGGGAAUGGCCACCGAUAUUCUGACCCUUGACUAUGACACCGGCCACGACAGCGGCCGACCUGUCGUGACGCAGUCCUCCCUGUCGACCAGCCUCCACUUCCAAAUCAAACUGGCAAGACAAAAAGCAAGGCUCUGUCAAAAUUACGCUACACCCGCUAUAGAGAACGGGCUCAUAGUGGCCGAGUCUGUGACGCUGUACAGCCCUCCAAUUCCCAACAAACACUUUGUCAACGUAAGAAACACACGGGACUAUUUUUCUGGCCGGGAGAAGCAGCUGGCACAGCUGGAAGCUGCAUUUGCCGACACGCUGCUUCCACGCCAGCAACGCUUUGUCGUCUACGGGCUGAGCGGGUGCGGGAAGACGGAGCUGGCGUGCAGGUUUGCACAUCAGUCGCGGGAUCGGUUCUGGGGUGUCUUUUUUCCGAACGACCGAGCAGCCAAGGACUGGCUGGUGACGCGAGACCUCCCCUGGCUGCUGAUCCUGGACAACGUGGACGGCGAGGAUGCAGACUUUGCCGACCUCUUGCCCCAGGGUGCCAAGGGCUGCAUUCUCAUCACGACGCGCAACCCGGACUACAAGACGCACAGCAAUGCGGGCAGCCGACACUUGGAGCUGCAGCCGAUGGAGCCAGACGAGGCCGAACUGCUCAUCACCACGGCGGCCGAGGAGCCACGGCCGUGGCGCAAGGUGGUCGUGGACUCGGCUGGCGAGAUCUGCCACGUCCUGGGCUUCUUGCCGCUGGCCCUGGUACAGGCAGCCACGGCCAUCCUGCGCGGUAUCUGCGACUGGCCGCGCUAUCUGGGCUACCAUGAGAUCCAGAUGCAGCGGCUCCGGCGAGUUAAGCACAGCAGCCGGAGUCGAAAACCAUGGGGAAGUCAGGGAGAGGAUGCCGGGAGGCUCGACAAUGGCGACCGAAACAGCUUGAACGUCUUCUCGACGUACGAGAUUCUAUACGAGUCGCUGCUGGCGUCAUGUCGGGAAGAGCACCGCGAUGCAGUCGAGCUACUGCAUGUCUUUUCCUUCUUUCACUUCCAGGACAUCCGCCUGGAGACACUGAUGGCCGCGGCUACGAAUCCGCUGCGAGAAGAAGGCCAGGCCAGGGCCGAUAGCGAAGAGGAGCAGGCGCUUCUGCAGAAGAGUCAAAUGCAGCAGAAGUCCGGCAGCCACCUGCCGCGCCGGCCGUGGGCCAUGAUGUUGCGCGAGUGGCGUGCCUUUGUGUUCUCCAAACUGGCAAUGCCACCAUUUCCGCUUCCGGGAGUCUUGCGCAAUUCAGAAGGCCUGGACCUGGAUGAGCUAGAGGUGGAGCUAGAGAUCCGACUGCGUCUCGCCCUCGGCGCGCUUCUGGAGCGGUCGCUCAUCAUCGCACGAGACAAGGAGUCUGGGCACUACAGCAUGCACCGCUUGGUGCACUGGUGGGUGCGAGAGCGACCUGAGAUGUCCACCGCCCACCAGGCAGUGUGGUGUCACGUCUCGGCGACCACGCUGGCCUGGAGUGUGCGCAGGCCACCGCACGGCGAUGGCGACGACAAAAGCCGGGCCCGGCGCCGGCUGCUGCCACACGUCCGCCACGUUCAGGAAUGCCAGACGGACCUAGAUCGACGGUUGGGGGCGAACGCAGCCAAGCUGAGGCCAUCAUGGUCAUGGUCGUGGCCAAGGGCCGAAAGACAGGUGCAGCUGACUGCUCACCAGUACGGCAGCAGCUGCUACUACAGACGCGUCCAGGCCGAGCAGGAUGUCCGGUUCAGCCGUGUUUACGUCGACACCGGCUGUUUUCAUGAAGCGCGGCUGCUCCAGGAGCGGGCCCUCGCGUUUGUGUCUGGCCGCCUGGGCCGAGACCACCCGUUCGCCAUCCGCCUGUCUCUGCUCCUGUCGGUGACGCUGUGGCAGCUGUCCGAGAUAGACGAGGCCAUGCGGCACCAGCGAGAGGCCCGGGCGCUCUGUAUCGCCACCCUGGGCGAGCACCACCCCCUGACCCUUGACGUCACAGAGCUGCUGAGGUCGGCACUGUACAUGAAGGGCCGCUGGGCCGAGGCCACCAGCCUGCACGAGCGCAACAUCAAGACCCUGCACCUGCUCUACGGCGAGGCGCACGAGAAGACGCUCCGCUGCAUGCGCAAUCUGGCCCGGCUACACUACCACUACAUGGAAUAUGAUCGGGCCACGCACCUGUACCAGACGGCCUGGAGAGGCAUGCGGAAGGCCCUGGGUGAAAGCCACCUGGAGACUCUGACCUGUCUGGAGGAUCUGGCCAUGAGCUACGUACGCUACGACGAGGAGGCCGAGCCUAGCACGACGGCCGGUGCUGACAAUGCUAGUCUUGCGCUGAGCCACGAGCAAAUGGUUGGCCAAACGGUCUGGAUGGUCGCCGUCGGCAUCUGCCAGCUGGCCGUACGGCUCUUUCUCGAUGAGCCGAUAACAGAUGCUCUCAGCGCUGGCAAAUUGCCGGAGCCGCGUCAAUACCUGUGCAUAGACGGUCCUGGCCAGCAGGAGGCCGAUAUGCGUGUCGCCAAUGUUGCGCUCGGCCACGACCAGGCCGGCACGAAUCAUGGCCUCGGCCUCCUCGCUCUGGCCUAG